UUCGGCCAGACCGGCAGCGGCAAGACGUACACUAUGCUCGGUCCGCAGACCGACAAGUUGCUCGCCGGCGUGCGGCUACGGUCAACCGCCGCAAACAGCAAGAACGACGUCAGCUCGCGCAGCCACGGCAUCUUUCAAAUGCUGCCGCAAUAA